AUGUGACCAUUGAACAUUCAACUGCAGACACUCACUCCGCAUAGCUGUCACCGUCAAGCUGAAGAACAUUCGCUCAUUCCGAGUGCUCUUGCGUGCUGCGCGCUUUGAGUCGUUUUGGAGAUUACGCCCGCAUCGACAAACUCGCAUCAACUCCUCUUUCUUCACCUCUUCAAUCCGCGCCAGGGCACUCACAAAUAUGGCCAGCCUGGACGAGGUCACCAAGAGCUUGGUCUCGAAGUCCUUCCCAGAAGCGAAAGAUCUGAACGAGGAUGCGGCCAAGCUCUCAUCUACCCUCUUUCCUGAAGCAGACUACACGAGUACGGAUAAAGCAGAGAUAGAGCAAUGGCUCAUCACGUCCAACCACAUCGCCUCUCCAACCGAAGACAGCGCGAAAACGGCCGAACGCCUUUCCUCCCUCAAUACCCACCUAUCCACCCGCACGACCCUCCUCGCAUCGAAACCCAGCAUUGCUGACGUCGCCAUGUACUCCCGUCUCGCACCCGUGGUCAAGGGCUGGUCAGAUGAGCAGAGGACUGGCGAGCAAGGCUACCACCACAUCGUGCGCUUCGUAGACUUCGUGCAAAACGCACCGUUGUUCGGACUCAACGUGGACGCGGCGGAAAAAGUCAACAUCGACCCGGAGAAAGUCGUCAGCCCUAUCAAGCCGGUCGAUGCAAAGGCGGAGAAGGAGAAGCGGAAAAAGGAGAAAGCACUUGCUGCCGCUGCUGGUGCAACGACCGCAGCAGCCGCCGGCGCAACAGUCACCACAGCUGCAAGCGAAGAAGCACAGAACGCCGAGAAGACCAAGUCUACAAAGGAGAAGGCGAAGGAUGUGGGUGACAAAGUCGCCGCGGCCGUCGGAGCCGAAGUACCCGGCGUCAGCAAGAAGAAAGAAAAGCAACCCAAACAGCCCAAAGCCGCGCCAGCAGCUGAGAAACCCUUUUCUCCCUCCCUCAUCGAUCUCCGAGUCGGCCACAUCCUGAAAGCCGAGCGCCACCCCAACGCCGACAGCUUGUACGUCAGCACAAUCGCAUGCGGUGAUCCUGCCGGUACAGAGAACACGUCCGAGUACGAAGGACAGGUCGUGCGGACAGUCUGCUCUGGCCUCAACGGGCUCGUACCGCUGGAGGAGAUGCAGAAUCGCAAGAUUAUCGCUGUCUGCAACCUGAAGCCGGUGACGAUGCGCGGCAUUAAAUCCGCUGCCAUGGUCCUGGCCGCGUCGCCUCGCGGCGAUGAUUCCCACGCCGGACCGGUGGAGCUCGUCAACCCCCCCGCUGCUGCUGCGGCAGGCGAGCGUGUCUUCUUCGAGGGCUGGGAGGGCGAGCCGGAAGCGCAGUUGAACCCGAAGAAGAAGGUGUGGGAUGACUGUCAGGUGGGAUUUACUACAACCGAUGACAAGGCUGUUGGCUUUGAUCCUACGCAAGUGGAGAAGCUGAAGGAGAGUGGGAAGAACACGGUGGCGCUGUUGAAGACGAAGGAGGGCUUGUGUACGGUGAAGAGUCUGACGGGCGCUACUGUGCGAUAAGUACGCGCCUGUAGUUGAGUGCUGUCCAGGUUUACAGCCCUUAGAUGCAUGUCUGUACGCUACAUAAUCCACGCCCAAAUGACAAGCUCAUU